CCAAUGUUGACGUCAUAUUCUAGGCGUGAGUGCAGAUUGUAACACUUCCUUUAUUCCAGGAGUUUUUUGUACAAGUAAUUAUUUUUAAUUUUUAUCUCUCAACUGGCAAAUUCUUGUUUGUUUCUAACUUUAGAAUUUGUUAAAGACGUCCCUCUUUUGUCGAGGACAUGGAUUUCUCGCUGGCAGAUGCCAUAGCUGACGAUGUCCCGGGCCAAGCUGAGAAAGCAGCUAACCCCAACCCAGCCGCCCCCAACGCCCCUCCGCCAACUAACCCAGGAUGGCCUGGUGCGGCCCCCGGAGCCCCCACACAGCCCUCUGCUCCUGGGGGAUUCCCUGGGGGGCCACAGUCUGGUCCAAGGGCCCCAGGGCAGUUCCCUGGAAGUCAAGGACCCUUCUCUUCCGGUCCCGGAGCACCAGGGCAGUAUCCUGGAGCUCCCUCUGCCCCUGGUGGGUUCCCACCCGGCCCAGGGGUACCGGCACAGUACCCAGCUGGGCCUGGAGCCCCGGGACAGUGCCCAGCUGGGCCUGGAGCCCCGGGACAGUGCCCAGCUGGGCCUGGAGCCCCGGGACAGUGCCCAGCUGGGCCUGGAGCCCCGGGACAGUACCCAGCUGGGCCUGGAGCCCCGGGACAGUACCCGGCUGGGCCUGGAGCCCCGGGACAGUACCCAGCUGGGCCUGGAGCCCCGGGACAGUACCCGGCUGGGCCUGGAGCCCCGGGACAGUACCCGGCUGGACCUGGAGCCCCGGGACAGUACCCGGCUGGACCAGGAGCUCCGGGGCAGUACCCAGCUGGACCUGGAGCCCCGGGACAGUACCCAGCUGGACCUGGAGCCCCGGGACAGUACCCAGCUGGACCAGGAGCUCCAGGGCAAUACCCAGCUGGGCCUGGAGCCCCGGGACAGUAUCCAGCUGGGCCAGGAGCUCCAGGGCAAUACCCACCCGGGCCUGGAGCACCUGGACAGUUCCCUGGAGCCCCCAUGCAGUACCCGUCUGGACCCUUCCAAACUAGCCCCGGAGCACCAACAGGACCCUACCCCAAUGUGCCUUACCCAGGAGCCCAGCCUGGUGGGGGGAUGUAUGGGCCUGGAGGUCCAGGAGCUGCCUUCUCUCCUGCAGGAGGCACCUUCCCUGGUGGAGCCUUCCCUCCCAUCCCCCCUGGAUCAUGGGGUCCUCGCGGUGGUGGAGGCUUCCCUUCCCAGCCCGGCCACCCAGGGCCCAUGGGACCAUAUGGGGGGCAAGCAGCUCCAGGAGGCAUGCCGAAACAGCACUGCAAUAACAUUUUACUGGUCUGAGGUGUUUUCUGCAGGGCGCAAACCGCAAAAGACAAGCCCAGACAUAAUAUACCAUAUCCACCACAUUUUUGAAAGCACUGAACUCUUCAGAUUUUCAGUCAGAUGAGGACACCAGCCACAGAAAAUCACCUUGAGGUUUGGUUUAAGAA